AUUCGACGCAAGCGUGGCAAGGAGCGUGGCAGCAGGGCGGGUACACACCCUUCAGUUUCUGGUGGGCAGAGCCCAUGUUGGGGAAUCCACUGCGGGGCACCUACAGCAGGAACGUCGACAUUGAAGUGCCACUUCGCACUUAGCAGCUGUCAAGAAUCACCGACUGUCUGCACGGCUGCAUGAUGGGCUCGGAACCACCAAGCUUGUGGAGUUACUGCUCCUCAUUGAACCACCUCUGUCCCAAGCUGAUGCCGGUCGCCAAGAUCUACGCCGACCUGCGGUGGUCGACAACACCCUUUACCGCGAGGAGCGUGGUCUACAAGCUUGGCUGCUUGCAGGGUUCUCGGUCAUCUGCUGACGGCGUCUGUCACGUCGUCGCGCAGCUGUCAACAUGGAACGAAGCCCUCGUCUUCAUCAACAUGGAACUGCGCGAGGGUCCUCCCGGUCAACUUUCUCUACUGUGCCUCCAUGGCAUAUAUGGCUCUUCUGGCGUGGAAGCGCGCGAGCGCCAUGCGACCAUCCUGGUUCACUGGCUUCUCACCGUCCACCGGUGUGUCACAAGCGUUGAACUAGACGACAACGUGAUCCCCAAUUUCUCUGCUUACUUCCCACUGUACUGCGACGCCCUUCAACGCAGUGUUAGCGUAAGGGACCUCAAAGUGUCUGCGUGGGCCUGCAGUCGCGAUGCAUCUAGGUCUCUCGUCAAUUCCAUCAUCAGCAUGCGACACCUCGAAGUGUUCCGCUGCGAAGCACUCGACCUCUCCUCUCAGGACUUCAUACAGUACCUCGAAUCAAAUGUCACUUUGAAAGAGCUUUCCGUGGCGUACGCUUUUCAUAGUCCCGAUAAUCCCUCAGUACUUCUGAAUGCACUGCACAUGAAUAGUUGCGUAACACAGCUUUCAAUUCACAGUGACUGUCUUGAUGCAGAUACCCAGGACUGGUUUGGCGAGUACAUGGGACGAACUGCGACACUUCGCUACAUUAAGAUAACAAACUCUUCGCCUUGCUUUCCGCGCUCCUUGGUGCCAGUAUUUCAGGCCGUAUCAAACAACAAAAGCGUCCUGAGGAUUGACCUCGUUUGGUUUAAUCUAGGCAUUGAUGAAGCAUGGUCUUUUGCCGAUUUAAUAAAUGUGAAUCAUAAUUUGAAGAUCGUAAAUUUCAUCGGAUGCUUGUGGAGCCUUUCAAUGCAUCCACACCAAUAUGCCUCCACCUGGACAUACACCACGCUUGCAGUUGGCCACACAGAUCGUCCUGCAAGGCGCACGGCGCCACUCGUCUGUGCUUUCGGACCGGAAUGCUCUUUGGAGGAAAUCACUCUCGACCUAAGAUGCUUUAACGCUUACGAUCAGAAGACCCUCCUCUACGCAGUCGCUGCGAAUACUACUCUCAGGAAAUUGAACGUGGAAAGGUUGGACUUCGCCAGCGCGAGUUCUCUGUACGAGGCAAUAAGAGAGACUGGCACCAUAGACAGGGUGCACUUUAACCUCGUCAAAGUGAGAGGGACAGAGCUCGCGCGCGUAAGAACGUCCUGCGCAGAGGCCACUAAAAUAUCGCUCAAUAUAGGCACCCGUGGCACGAGGGCGAGACGAGAAUGCUUGACAGUUCUGACGCUCUGCACCCACCUGACCGUACUCAACCUUAACAUAGAUAAGAGAGUGGGCAACGCAGAAGCGCACCUUCUCUCCAUGUUCCUAGGACAAAGCAAGAGUCUACGAGAAUUUCACAUGUCGUUCUACGUUAGGCCUCGUGCUUUGCUAGACAUCCUACGAGGACUCUCUAAGAACACUGCCUUGGAAACGUUGGGUGUCACAAAUUGCAUCCUUGACAAACAGAGUGCGGCAUUACUUGCGAGUAUAGUUGGGAAUAGCGAAACUAUCUGGCACUUCGAGUACGAAGCUUACUGCGUCGCUUCGUGCCGCCUUCUGCUUAUUUACCUUGCCAAGUGCCUUCCAUCUAACACUUCUCUGGUGUCACUGGAGAUCAGCGAAUACCGCGCGGUCAUAAGGCACUCUACCGCUGUGAAGGACUUCGUCAGACGCAACGCUGCUCUUAUUGACUGCGCCGCGCACUUCGUUCUCGGCACGAAAAACAAACACUUCGCCGAGGCCUUCGAACGUGUCGCGAAUUGCCGUGGACUAGUGACCAGAGUACAAGAAAUGGCCGCCGAGCCAUGCACUGAUCGAGUGAAAGAAAUGAUACGAGAUAACAGACACUGGCUGCUUGAAAUGAAAUCUUUCAUGAAGAUCACGGGUGUCGUCAAGAAUGACUUGUCAUGGGAUGAGAGCGUCGAACCCCGAGAACGCUUGGAGGUCCUGCCACAGGAGUGCUGGUUUCACAUUAGACAGUUCAUCAAGGUUCGCGACGUCCUACAAUGCACGCCUUCUACCAGCACGUGGCGCAAGAGGACGUUCCCGCGAGCCACUUCGGGUAUACGUCGGUCCAAGCGGCCUCUGCUGCAAACUGGAGGGCACCUGUAGCGAAAUCUGCAAGUCUUGCAGGACAUUCAGUGUGGAUAUUCAGUGGACAUGCAACACAUGUAUUGUGUUGACAAUUGCUCUGAGACGCUUUUAAAUAGGAAUAUUUUAUUGUGAUGCGAGUCUUUAUCAAAUAUCAGGAUUUUAAAACGUUUACUAACUGACAAAGCCCAAUAAAACAAGCGAAUUUUUUA